AUGGGAAAGAAUACGCCUAUGGCUGACGAUUCACAAGUUGAGCAGUACGUGCAAAGUGAACCGUUUAAAAAUGAUUCACUGAAAGUAAAGCCUUCUUUUUUUUGAAAAUAAAGCAGCUCCAUCUCAACCUUAUUUAAAAGUAUACCCAGCAACGCGUUUUGGAAAUAAAAUAAGGCGGUUCAAAUCGGACUGGUACAGUGCAUAUAAAUCAUGGUUGGAAUAUAACGAAGAGUUGGAUGCUUGUUUCUGUUUUACUUUGUAGGCUAUUUCUACCAAAUCCAACGGAGACGGCUUUCACUAAAACUGGUUUCUGUGAUUGGAAACACGCCAAGGAGAAAGGAAAGGGUUUUCAGCAACAUCAAUCCUCGAAUGAUCAUUUGAAAUCAAUGGAGAUUUAUGACGAAAGGAAAAUGCGAAAUUUACAAGGUUCCACGGUCGUAGCUUCUCUCGUUUCACUUAAUACUGACCAAAAGCAGUGGUUGUUUGCUGUUUUCAAUGUAUCAAGAUACUUGUGUGCAAAUUCCCUCCCAUUUCGUGGUACGAAUGAAUCUGACAUUGAUGCAGCAGAUGGUUUGUUUUUAAGAGCAUUUUCUCAACUUUUGUUCCCAUUGGAAGAAAAAUGGAAGAAAAUCCAGAAAAAUAUUCCAAAAAACGCCAAGUACACUUCUCCUGAUAUACAGAACGAAGUGAUCGAAGUUUUAGCUUCCUUAGUGAAAAAUAAGAUUGCUGAGGACGUACGUAGAGCAGAAUUGUUUACCAUUAUGGCGGAUGGUACUACUGAUAAAAACCGAAAGGAAAUCCAAGGCCUUGUUUGCCGGUAUUUAUCUAACAAAGGGAAAGUAGAGGAACAUUGUUUAAACGUAAAAGGAAUCGACGAUCGCUCUGCUAAAGGUAUUUUUAAUUUUAUUACAGAAACCUUAGCAGAAUUUGAAAUUUCUGUUGACGGUCUUGUAUCACAGUCUUUUGAUGGUGCUAGUGUAAUGUCUGGAAACUAUAACGGAUUACAAAGGCUUGUUAGUGAUUUCUGUGAUCGAUACAUUUUAUAUGUUCACUGCUUUCUACACAAAAUCCAUCUUGUUGUGACAUACAUUAUGGAAAAUCUUGAUGAGAUAAAGGAAUAUUAUGGCACAAUAACGGCGCUGUACAAUUUUUUCAAAAAAUCAGCUGUCCUUGAAUCAUAUGAUGGCACUGCACUGAAACGACUCAUUGAAACGCGUUGGUCUGGUCAUUACAAUAGUACCAGUCAAGUAAACAAGAAUUACGGUGAUCUGAUUCAAGCUCUUAUAGUGCCGUCAAAACAAUAA